UUCCCAUAAUGCCUUGCAACUAGCAAACGGCGUCUUUCUAAAAUGGCGGCUGCAGGUUCCGUAAUCUCUAUGUAUCACCAUCCGACAUAUUACGAAGAUACGGCUGUACCGCUUCCAAAUUGUAUGUAUGGCCUGCCCAGCUACUAUCCGACGAGUUCAAAACUUGAGGACCGCAAGGCACAGCUGCCGUCAUCGAGUCUUCAGAGUCUCGAAAGAAAACAAGAGGAUAUUCUUCGUGAACUGAAUGGCCUGAAAACUUCCGUUCAAGAAGUUGCCAAGCUAUUGGGAGUUUCUCUUCCGCGUCCAAAAGGGAAAGUUUCUCCAACAACAUGUGAUUUUGUGAUGUCUGCUUCACCGAGUGACCCUCCACUUAUUAUCAGCACCCUACAACAUAUUAUGAAGCAGAGAGGGCUUGCCCAUACAACAGCCAUGUUCAGCCACUCGUCAGUGAAACAACCUAUUCCUGAUGCUGUCAGAAUGCAGUUUCAGAACUUCUCCAAAUGUAGUAAAGGAGUUGGGCGUGCCCCAAUCAUUUUAACUAUUGUUUGGAAAGAAGUGGGAGAUCUUCCUUCUCUAGUAGUGUCUCCAUCUGGCCACAAUCCGUUGACUGGUGAAAUAACAAUUGCUCGCUUCCUCUGCCGCACAUUUCUCCCUGACUUGUAUGGUAAUUUAACACCUGAAGAGUCUGCAUGUGUGGACAACUGGAUUGACAAAUCACUAGCAAGUAGCAAAGAGCGAACUGCUGCCUUAAAAAGUCCUGAAUUAAAGCUUGCAAAACAGUGGAUUCUUGGCGGGAAAAUGACCUUGGCUGAUAUUGUACUUGCCUGUAGCAUUGUUAAGCAGAAUGGUGCAGAUCAUGUACAUGAUGAUGUGAGGAAAUGGAUGAUGAGGAUUCCUGGACUUUUGACAAAGUAAUUGAACCAGUUCAUUAUCUAUUAACAAUUAUCAGUGUACACAGCUUACAAUGUAACUGUACCUUAAACUUCUAAAGUGUGUUUGGCUCUGUAUGAAAUUACAAACUAAGCACAUUGAACCGAAACUUCCACAGUGGAAGUUUUGAUAGAAUUUCACCUUAGGAAUUUGGCUUCAACUUGUUAUGUCUUUUUGCCAUCAAAGGCAAAUACAACCACAGGACUCUUGCUAGUGCCAGCCUAUUGUAGGUUAAGCAUAAUGUGUAAUGUUGCUGUUCAGUUGUUGAUUGUUCAAUCCAAAGGGAUCAGAGUGAGAAAUCAGGAAAAAAAAACAUUUUGGAUAUAGAAUAAACCAAAUAAACACUGUUAAAGUUAAAUAAACACUUAAAAAGUAAAAAAAAUAUCAGCCCAAACUGUAAUCAUGUAAAAGUGAAACUCACAUUUUGAAUUUUGUGGUCAGAUUAGAACAGAAAUGUGCUCAA